AUAACAUAGAGAAUGGUUUUCAACCACACCAAAAUGACAAUAAAAGAUAUCGCUCCGAAGGGCCUGGAAAGGAUUCAGUCAAAACCAUACCAGAACACCCAUAUGAUAACCAUAAAUACAUCCCUAGACCCAACAAUCCUAUGGUAGCCUACAACAAAACAUUCAUUGGAAAAAGCCAACAAAUAUCUGACGGUCGUAGAAUCGUUCGUGGAGACGAAAAGAGAGAGGAUGGUGAUCUUCAAAGAAACAGGGAACCCUCUGGUAGUUUUGAGAGUCAUAGAUUUAAUGUCCCGUCUGGGUAUGAUCUACCCAACCUUCACAAAACAAUUGAUCAGCGCAAGCAGUUUGACGCAAACAAGUAUAAGCAGCAUGGUGUUCCGGUAUAUAUGGGUGAAUUGGAAUAUGAUUAUCCCACAUACAAUGAUAUGGCCUACCCAGUUUAUGACGGAAAUCAAUGGACGGAUGCGAAUCAAGGAUUCAAUGAUCGACGUAACCUUAAUGAGCAAUAUCACAGGCCUAGAAGUCACAUGCAUCCAUCAAGAACACAAAUGGAAGGCCAAGGACGCCGAAUAGAUAACCAUUCUCCAAGGAAAGAAACAAAAAGUGUUGCUGAUGCCAAAAGAAAACCAGAUGAACAGAAAGCCUUUGAUUCAUCUUUAACUGAGACAGAACAGAAACCCACAAACAUCGGAAAAGACCCCAAGGACAAUAACCAGAUAUCAGGUGACAAACUGAAUCGUUUCAAAGCAUACGUUAAAGCAAUGGAUAGUUUUACACAAAAGAUGGUUUCCUCAGGUACAACAACUAAACAUGUUCCAACAGCGGCACCAGUGGAUAUCAUUACAACCGAAAGUAUUGCAUCCACCAAAGCAAAGGCGAUCAUAUCUAAAUUUCUAAAGUUAAAACCUAAAGCUAGAAUAGGAAAACAUUAUAUAAAACCAUCUACAACCACUAAGGGAAUUCCAACCACGACCACGACCACAACAUCUACACCUACACUCACUACAACAAUCAAAGCCAGAAUUUUAUUUCCCAAAAUAAAAGACCUCACAAAGACUGCCACGAGCGAUGAAGUUAAAAUUAAGAAUAGAUUUAAAAAUGAUGACCGGUCAACGACAAAGAAAGUUUUGCGAUGGCAAAAAUUAGUUAACCAAAGACGAAUAAGAAUCAUGGACGGUGAGAGAGGAACGCGACAGUACACAUCAAGUACCACUGUUAAUCCUACGGUGACAACUAUUUCACUAGAAGAAGUCACUCUUACAACACCAAAACAUAACUUCGAUCCAGGUUUAGGGAAGGUGCAAUUCGUAGGCUCACGAGAAUUCGAUUGCUCCAGGAAACUAGACGGCGUAUAUGGUGGAGGUUGCCGGGUAUUCUACCGUUGCUAUGGAAACAAAGCCUACAAAGUCCGAUGUACCUCCCCAAAUGUAUUGAAUUCGAACAGUGGUACCUGUGACAGUCCAGCCAAGGCGCCUGCUCCUUGUGGUGUGUGGCGAGACUGCGGAGAGAAGCAAAAUCAGAAGUACGCCGACGAGGCCAGAAAUUGUCAAUACUACUACACUUGUUGGCAUGGGUUCUUUCUUGGACACAACAAGUGUAAUCCAGGACUUGUGUUUAAUGAGAAAAUCCAAGUCUGUGAUUGGCCAGAAAGCGCUCCUGCACCAUGCGGAAAAGAUGGCGAAUUUCGAGGAAAGUUUGGCUAAAGAGCCACAUACUAGGAUUGGUAUUCAACGAGCAGCUCCAGAUAUGUGACUGGCCGAAUGGAGAGUUUUGUAAAUCUGAUAGGAGUCUUACUAAAUAAUUGACUUAAUUUGAAGCAGACAUAGUAAACACGGUGGUGAAUGAGUAUCAAGAAUAACAUUUUCUAUGAGGGGAAAUUCUGUUUCCCUAUAAACAAAAUUUAAAACGAACAUUUCCACUAUGUGUGAACAUUCGCAACAGGUCUCAGAAAAAAUGACUUGCAAAUAACUUUUAAUACAUGAGGUCACAUAAUUACAAGGGAUAGAAGCGUAUUGGUAAUUGUAAAAAUGACUUAUAUAUGUGCAACAGACUGUAUCCAGGCAAUGUAUGUGUACUGUUAGUACUCUAAUGUCGCACUUUUCAUGCACACUUAAGUACAUACAACAUGUUCAAGCAUACAAUGUGACCAAAAAUGCAACGCUUUAAUUCUAGAAUAACUUAUUUUGAUCAACCUAUAUUAUUUGUGGAUUAGAUUCAUAUGUUUCACUCAUAAUGUUCAUGAUUUUAUUCGUGGAUAUCUAAUUGAUUUUGAAAAGAAACAGGUUUCCAAGCUGGUUAGAUUUGCUAUAUUUCAAUCUCACAGCUACAUUAUGAAUAAAUGUAUUUCAACUAAUAACGAAAUAUCUUAUAUAGAUGUUGUAAUAGGACAUGAUCAUGACUUACUUAAAAACAAACAAUAUCAUUA